CAACCACCUCUGGCUGUAAAGAAGAGGAAGUAAAAGUAGCAGCAGCAGCAGAAGGAGAGGGAGGAGAAGACAGCGGCUUUUACCUCCACACGUGUAAUACUUUUUAUGUGAAUCUACCUUCUGAACCUUUUAUAAGCUAAACCCGCUUGGCCAGAAAAGCCAUUGUAGACGAAGACCAUGGGGGCAUAUCUGUCGCAGCCGAACACGACCAAGACCUCCUCCGACGGCGGCAACAGCAGCAUGAGCUACGGCUUCUCUGCCAUGCAGGGCUGGCGGGUGUCCAUGGAGGACGCUCACAACUGCAACCCGGACUUUGAUGAAGAGACAGCUAUGUUUGCUGUGUAUGAUGGACAUGGAGGUGAAGAGGUGGCCCUGUACUGUUCAAAGUAUCUUCCUGACAUCAUCAAAGAGCAGAGGACGUACAAAGACGGAAAGCUGCAGAAGGCGCUGGAGGAUGCAUUUUUGGCCAUCGAUGGCAGAAUUACCACAGAGGAGGUCAUCAAGGAGCUGGUGCAGAUUUCUGGGCGCCCCACUGAGGAGCCGCCUUCUGAAAAGGUUGCAGAGGAAGAUGACCUGGACACUGAGGAGGCGGCUUUGCUCCACGAGGAGGCCACCAUGACCAUAGAGGAUCUGCUGGUACGCUACGGCCAGAACCUCAACGCUGUCAAACACGCAGCUGCCAGUGCGGCAGCCAAGAAGGCCUCUUGCCAGAACGCUGAGGCUUCAAAAGAUAAAGAAGAUUCUGAGGCCCAGAAGAAAGGAGUGAAUGGAGAGGUGGAGGAGGAGAGUGAUGGGAAGGUGAAAGAAGGAGCAGCGUGUGGGUCUAAGCUGCGAGCCUGUCGGAGAACAGGAGGUGGUGAAGGGAGUGGUUCAGCUGAGAGUGGAGAGUCGGGAAGCUCCAACGGAGAGGAAAAGGCUGGUAAGGCAGAAGGAGACGCAGGGCCUUCCUGCUCCUCUGCGUCCUCAAAGGCUGCUGGAGAAACCAAAUCCAGGUUUUUUGAUGACAGUGAAGAGUCUGAGGAGGGAGAGGAGGAGGAGGAGGAGGGCAGUGACGAAGAGGAUGGGAGUGAUGAGGGAGAAGCAGACAGCAGUGAGUUGGAGGAAGAGGACACAGAGGAGGGAGAGGAGGACUCUGAGGAUGAAGAAGAGGAGGAGAUGUGUCUACCUGGAAUGGAUGGAAAAGAAGAGCCCGGUUCAGACAGCGGCACCACAGCAGUUGUAGCUCUGAUCAGAGGGAAGCAGCUGAUUGUGGCCAACGCCGGAGACUCUCGCUGCGUGGUGUCUGAACGGGGUAAAGCUGUGGACAUGUCCUACGACCAUAAGCCAGAGGAUGAGGUGGAGCUAACUCGAAUCAAAAAUGCUGGAGGGAAGGUGACCAUGGAUGGACGAGUCAAUGGUGGACUGAACCUCUCCAGAGCCAUCGGUGACCACUUCUAUAAAAGGAACAAAUCAUUGCCCCCAGAGGAGCAGAUGAUCUCUGCCAUGCCCGACGUCAAAGUUCUGACGCUGAACGAGGAUCACGACUUCAUGGUCAUAGCCUGUGACGGCAUCUGGAAUGUGCUGAGCAGUCAGGAGGUGGUGGACUUCAUUGCUGAGAGGAUGAAACCAGACCUGGAUGGCAAAAUCAGAGCUCUCUCCUCCAUCGUGGAAGAGCUUUUGGACCACUGUUUGGCACCUGACACAUCUGGAGACGGUACAGGAUGUGACAACAUGACCUGCAUGAUUGUCACGUUCAGGCCACAGUCCGCUCAGUCGGACGACAUGAAGAAGAGAAAGCUAAAUGAGGAGGAGAACGGAAACGACAGCAAAAAGGCGAAAAGCAACUAGAGGAGAGAAACUAUCCCACAGGGAGCGGCUGUAAAAUGAAAUCCUUACCUCGCUAAUAUGAUUUCCCCCUGAAGCAGACGUCACAAAGCCCAACAUCAGCUCCACUACGAUAGUUUUUUUUUUCUUUGUGCUUUGUUCUUGGUGGAUUUUCAUGUCGACGCGCCGUGCCGGUGUUUUUCUUUUUUUUUUAUCAGUUCAGACACUCUUUCUUGUUCUUACGUUUAAUAAAGGGGUAGACCUGCCUUUCCUUGCCAUGUGAAGUAGCUGCGCUUUCCAUGAAUUUCCCAACUGAGGGGCACGGGAGGAGCUAGUUCACAGAAACAGAAAUAGUUUUAUUUCUCUACAUCGCUUCUUUGCGAGUGCAGUCCUGAGCUGCACUCUAAUCCUGCAUCUGUUUCCAGCUGGCAGCUUUGGUUAUUUUUGCAAAGCUUUUAGGUCGUUUGCAGAGCAGACUCACCUGCAUCUGAUUCACGUUUUACUGUUGGAGAUCUGCGUGGCCUUUGUGGCUCUGCACUAUAAAAGUGUCCCUGAACUGCCAUGAAACUGGGCAACGCUCCACUGAUGCGUGGUGGACAGUUUACUGUAGAUGGUGUAAAGGAGUGGUCAUGAUUGAAGCUUUGUGAUGCAGUGAGAUUGGGUCGUCUAGUGUCACUCUGAAUGUGUUGUUUCCAUGUUUCAGGUUCCUCACUGAUGAAAUCUCAACCUGUGGCUCUGACUUUGCUCAUUGAAGAGAGAGGAAUGGAUUAUUUUGCUCUCAUCGUUCAUAUAUACAUCUUUCCAUUUCAGCACCCAUUCACCAUUUAUGACUUUUGUUUUUCCUUUGCCCUGCUGAUCCUGUAAAAGUACUUUGUAAACUUCCUGCCUUUUUUUUAUCAUUCCUGGUUUGUUUGUGUUGUUUAAAAGCCUGUUCAUGUUCAUAUGGGCAAAAUGUCAGGGUUUAUGACGCUUACGGACUUUCCAUCUGUGAGAAAUAACAGCAGGAAAAAUGAACAUCUGCAGCAUCUUCCUUUGUUCCCACUGUAACACCUUUUAAGGAUCACCUUUCAUGUAUUUUAGGUAAAAAUAAAAGAAAUCUUUCCAGUGAGCAGUUUAAUUUUAUAUAUAUAUAUAUAUAUAAAAUCAGUCCUGUGGCAGUUUUAAAGGAUAUUUUUUUUUGUAAGCACAUUCUGAUCACACCUUGAUGGCAUACUGUGGAAAGGAAGCACAAGGUUAUUUUUCUGAGAUGGAGAAAUAUUUUGAAGUUCAGAGCACCAAGACUAUAGCUGUCAUCUUUUUUUCCCCUUUUUGAUUUUAUUUUCCGAAGUCUGAUUUAAAUCGUGAUUGUAAGUUUCUAGUGUUCUCUUGUCAGCAUACCCUUUUUUCUGUACAUAGGUUUUUCAAUACUUGCAAUUGAAGAAAGAAAUGCUUUUUCUUUGUAAUUGUGAGUCAGUGUGACAUUUUGGUGCAUACUCUUGACACCAGUAUGUAAGUACAUACAAAUAAAAAUUUUUUUUUAAAUAA